UUUGUUCGCUCCCUAUAUAGUGCACUAUAUCAUGAACACUAUAUAGGGAAUAGUAGGUGAGUAAAUAUAGGGAACGAUUUCGAACACAGCUGUUUGUUACGCGGUAGAGGUGCCGUAAAGUGAUAGCCAUGACACAUGCGCAGUACGGAUCUGGUAGUGACCUUCUUAUGAUGGUUGAUGCUGGAUCUCACAUAGUGAAAGCCAGGAGUUUGUUUCAUAUUUCGGCUAUUACGACGUCUUUCGGGCGAAGGUUACAAUUAUAAUGGCUGGCAGUAGGCUCGAGAAGUUUGGAACAGUAUUCACACGAGUUCGAGAUCUGAUGCGCUCUGGGGUCAUCCAAGACACACCCACCUGGUAUGAGGUAUUCAAGGCUUUCCCACCCAAGAAAGACCCCGUCUAUGUGAAGCCACAGUAUGGCUUUUACAAGAAAGAUGAAUUUGUGGCUGAUAUUUUUUAUGAGGAGGACAAGAUAAGAGCGAAAUUCUACGAAAUGUAUGGGACUGGGCCCAGACUUCUUGACCUCUCCAAAUCAAAUUAUACCUCAGCAUGUCAAAGGUUUUUGGAAACGUAUUCAAGGCUUGAAAGUCUUGGAGAGUUAGACAUGUCUGCUCUGUUCGAAGAGACUGGCAAGAUACUUUUGGCAGAGGGCCUUGUGCUAAGGAGAAAAGGAGCACCUGUGGUGUCCUCUGAGUACAGAGAUCCCGUGCUGGAGUUAAAGUUGACAGACAUGCUGGCAGAACAGCAGUCGGGCAGUGCAGCUGAGAAACAGUAAUCGAAGGAACCCAUACAUGGACAUCUCCAUUCAUUGUUAUUCUUUUUUUUAUUACUGAUAAUUGUGAUCCAAGUAUUAUGAUGAAUGCUAGAUGAAGAUGGGCACUGUUUAAACUCAUUUGUGGUUCUCAAUGUACAGAAUUUCAACAAAAUCUGAGGACCAAGUGGCCAGGCAAGACAUUAUCUCAAUAUCGCUAUCUUACAAUGUCUGUUUUAAGGACAUGUAUACAAAUAAAGCAUUUUUUAUGGACAUUAUUGCAGUUGACUAAGCAUUUCAAUGGAUACUUAAAUUGUGAGCAGUACUUAUACAAGACCUUAUCCAUGUUUAAGUGAUUUUAUGCGUUCUCCAAAACGAAUGUUUUAUUGAAUCUAUCAAUGCAUUCUAGAAUCAUUGGUUUCUACUUAAAUGUAGAUUGUCAAAUAUAUAUGAUCUGAACAUAACAGCCAGCCAAGGAUAGCUCCUACAGCAUGGUUCAUUAAGAGGCAAAAAAACACAGGGAGCUAUCGCUCUUCUCCAUACGAUACUGCAACCAUGCCCAUUUAAUCCUGUACAAAUAUCUGAUGAGCGAAAUAAAGGCCUAGCUGUUAUAACCAGAA